AAAACUGCUUUAAAGUUAAUUUUUUGGUGUUAAAGCAAUUGAUUAGUAAUAAAUAAAUGUUAGAAAUGACAAAACCAUAUGAAGUACCGUUUCGUGUGACCGAAAACGAUAGCAAUGUUAACAAGAAUGGUGUGAAACGUAUGUCCAAACCAAUGAUGGAGAAGCGAAGACGGGCCAGAAUUAACCAAUGCUUAAUGCAAUUGAAGGAAAUGGUCAUCGAUUCCGGCAAACAAAAUAUUCAGAAUUCAAAGUCAAAGCUAGAAAAGGCUGAUAUUCUGGAGUUGACUGUGAAAUAUGUGCAACAAUUACAUCAAAACAGACUACAGGAGCGCAAAGAGAACUCCGAUGAAAAUCCGCAGCAAAUCCUCAACGACUUUGUGGCCGGUUUUGCGGAGUGUGCCAAACAGGUCGAGGAGUUUGUCUGCCAAACCCAACCGCUGGACCCGAUUGUGGUCACAUCCCUCAGCUCUCACCUCAACAACUGUAUGAACUCAUUAGACGUGACCCACGACCACAUCACGUACGGUGUCAUCCGACACACCAACCAGUGCUGUCCUCCAUCGCCCGCACCGUCCACUGUGUCGUCGGGCUCUGCCGGCGCCCACCAUCCCAUCCUCGAUAUGGAGCUCUCGUCCAUUAGUAGUGCCGACGAAGACAUGCCUUUGAAUCUGUCGUCAGGCAAUCGAUUCCCCGAACACUUUAACCACCCCUUCAUUCCCGGCGAUGACUGUGUGUGGAGGCCCUGGUAGUCCAGCUCAGGUCUAUCCAUCAUUAAUACUACGGGUGC